AUGUGGGGGGGUUUCUGGAGAGACAAGGGGGGUUUUGGGGGAGACACGAGGGGGACAGCAGGUGGAGUGGGGGUGACAUGGGGGAGGACGUGGGGACACGGGGCCAUUCAUGGGGCACACAGGGUAGUCCCAGGGGUGCAGUGUCCCCAUCCCUGUACCCCCCCCCAGGUGGGGACCAUCCUGAAGCACCUGUUCCCAGUGCCCCGCCCCGACAGCCGCCGCGUGGUGACCUUUGCCAACGAGGAUGACGUCAUCCUAGUGCGGAACCACGUGUACCGGCGCCGGGGGCGGACAGUGGAGCUGGAGGAGGUGGGGCCGCGGUUCCAGCUGCGCCCCUACCUGAUCCGCCUGGGCACGCUGGAGCAGGGCGAUGCAGCCGAUGUGGAGUGGCGCUGGCACCCCUACACGGCCACGGCCCCCAAGCGCCGCCUGCUCAGCGCCACGUGAGCCUCCCUGAGCCCCCCUGGGCAGCUGGGACCCUCCUGCAAACCUGGGACCACCCAGGCAACUGGGGCCCUGUUGGAUGCCUCGGACCCCCCCAGGCUCCAGGGUCCCCCUGGGCCCCGCCAG